AUGCAAUUCACCGUACGACAGCCAAGCCAUUGGGCUGAACUUCCAGCUGUAACAAAUUUCACUGGUGUUGUAAUGUUCGUCGGCAUGGCAAUGUAUGCGUUUGAGGGACAAACAAUGAUUUUACCAGUAGAAAACAAACUUGAAACACCGGGCGAUUUUUUGCAUAAUUUUGGUGUUCUUCCAACAACAAUGUGCCUUUGUACGUUAUUUAUGAUUGCCAUUGGCUUCUAUGGUUACACUGCAUUCGGCGCCAGCACUCAGCCAACUAUCACAAUGAAUGUGCCUAAAGAAGGGUAUGUUUGUUUUUCCAGCUGA